CAGCAUUAAUUACAGUCACUGAGGUUAAAACAGAAAAGGAGAAGACAACCUAAGGUCUGUUACGAAACAAUUGAAUUUAUCUUGUUGGUGCAUGCGCAGUAGUAAAAUGGCCAGAAUUUUCAAAAUAGCCUUUUGGCUGAGUGUUCUGAUUCUUAAUGAGGUUGGGCCUGCAAAUAUGGUUCGUCUUAACGCUGGAAAGUACAUAGGGGAAUCAAAAGCUCACAAAAAAGGCUAUGGAACAGAAAAUACUGAUAGCAGAGAAGUAGAAAAUAUUAAUGAAAAUGCAGAGGGGAAAUCAGGUAUUAAAGUUGCUACAAAAUUUGCCUUCAAAAUCUUCAAGAUCGGGGCCCAAGUCAUACCCAAAAUGAUUACCUUAGCAAGUUUCAGUAAUGCAAUAUUUCGCGCUAUUGCUGGAUGCUGUCCUGACUUUCCUGAGGCGUGUGAAAGUCACGACAAAAUCGUCAAACUGCAAGAAGAAAUACGAAAGAAGAGCAUGAAUAUUGAUGAUUUGCAGCUAGAAGCUCAAAACUUACAGGAAUGGACCGAAUCGUCAAGAAACAAGUUUUCAUUGCUGGUGGCAGAAAUGGCAAGGAUUAUAGACAACACAGACGUCCUGGUACGAAGCAUAUCACCCCAGGUCAUCAUAGCAGUCAACAACCAAACUGUUGUAAUCAAGAAACUGGUAAGAGCAAAGAAAGAAAUUGGCGAGAAAGUCGAUCUUGAUACCGUAGAGUCAAUGUAUGGGAACGCCAUAGGAUCUUUUGUUGACAUUACACUGCCAUUGUUUCAACUCAUUCUACCAAGUAUCCCAAAGGUCGUUAAAUUUGCAGCCGAGAAGUUUGCAGUCCGUCAAGCACAUCAGCUGGACCAAAUUCUCGAAAAUGCUUUGAAAAAACCAUCGCCCAACACCAUUGAUGCUGUUCGAGCAAGGGGCUGGUUCGCCCAGACUAAAGCAAAGAUUGACACCAAAAUCAACUCAAUUAAACUAAGAAUCAACGCUAAAUACUCAAACGCUGUCGAUAUUUUAAGCAAAGCUGGCAAAGGAUUGUCGUUCUUGUUCGACGCUUUAUCAACAGGUUAUGAGCUAUACAGUAUUAUUGAUUCUGUACUUUCGUGCAAAGAAAAGCGAGACACCGUGCUCAAGUCUCUUAAGGAACUUCAAACAGCUUCUAAACAACUGGAUGAGAUCUAUGAUAAAGUGAAGGAAUCUAAGAUGGUAGUUCAAAAGGCGUGGACAACAAUGCAUAGUCAAGUCUCCAGCAAAGCCUUGAUUCGUGAUUUGAAAGAGAUCCAGAAGAUCCUAGCGUCCAUCUCGGACCCGAGUUCUGAGAUUGAAUACAUGUCUUCCAGAAUUGGCGUCUACAUUGCAAAAAUCGCCCAAACUACCCAUUCUUCAUCACCGGAUGACAUCUAUCAGUUACUUGAUGAUCUGACAACGGUUUGCUACUAA